AUGGUCUCAUCGUCGUCGCGAGCCCAUCUAGAUAGCCGCGGUCCUGAGACAUGGUCCAACCUCGUCGGUGGGGUCGCUGCUACCGCGCCGCCACCAGUCGCGACAAAGUCGCGUGCGCACCACGCCGCCGACCAACAGCAUGACAAGAACGCACAUGCACUGUUCCUGUCUACAGCCACGGAUGAGCGAUUCUCCCAGAGCGACCCACGAUCCGCCGAGGGAUCCCAGGCCUCUAACGCCACUAGCGUGUCUGACCAAGUCUUCACGCCCGCCCUCAGCGACCACGACCACGACCACGACUACAACGAUACUCUGCAGCACAGCAGCUAUGCCAUGACUGGCCAGUACAGCCAGCUGCGACAGCUGUCGGCCAUUGCUGCCGCCCAGGACAGGAUGAAGACGGACGCGGCCGAUGUGCCUACCGCGUCGCGGAAACGGAUGGCCGACGGCGAGGUCAAGAGCCCUGUCAGAACACACUCGAGGAACACGAGUACCAUGAGCAUGGCCUCUACCACCAGCACCAUUGGAGACCUUUCCCAUGAUCUUCGAACGCGCUUGUCCUACGCCAUGGUCAAGGUCAACAAUGGAUGGCAAUCCCACAACCUAGACCAGGUAGAGGAACUCGCGUCGCAGGCCGCCUCCCCGACGUCCAGCGCAUCGACAACCACGCGCCACAGCAAACGCUCUUCCUCUGUCAGUCCCCAACUGUCAGGUGGCUCAUUGGCCCAUGCUGCCUUGUCCAACGGCCUAGCCGCUGCACGUACUGUGUCCAACUCGCCGCCCGCUUCUGCUUCUUCCUUAGCCGGCCGGCCAACUCUUGCGCCUCCUGCUCCUAUUCGACCAUCUGCGGGUCUCGGGGCCACUGCUCCGAAGUCCAAUGCACGCCGCAACUCGAACCCGACCUACACGCCUACUCUGCUCUCGCGCUCACAGUCCGCCUCCAACUCAACACCCGGAAACCACUUGCAUCAACGAGGGCCGCCAGAGAACCUAUUGCACUCACCACAUCAGAAUGUCAGGGAGCAGGACGCCAUCGAGUCUCUGCUGUUCAUGAGCAGCCCCAACAACUCGGCCAACGUCAAGCACUCCUUCUCUCCUACGACGUCGCCAGACCCGAGCUCGUCCCAACCCGCACUAACUCGCAGUGCAGCCAGACAUGCCCUACCAGGCGCUCGCAAAGCCCUACCAAGUCAGCGGCCUUCCGCGUCGGCAUCGGCGUCGGCCUCUAAGAGGGUCGACUUUAGUGUCAUGCCGACCAUGGCCCCCUUACCUGACUCCCCCAUGGACCUGGACACGCCGCAGCACACGCCGAUUCGGGACACCCCGCGGAGACGGACCAACCAAGCCGGGUCAUCUCAUAUGCGGGGUGCACUUUCGCUUCCGAGCGCCCUGGGCAUCAGCCACGUUGCACACCGCCAGCGCAUGACGGACAAGGACAUUGACCAGAUGUUGGAUCGUGAAGAUGAGAGCUUUGACAGUUCGGAUAACGAGGAGAUCCAGAUACCACCGCGUCAGAACCGGGCGAUUCGGGCGUGA